AUGAUGCAUUUGUUUUUACAAGAAAGUCUCCCUGAAACCCAAAAGCAACUGCUUUUCAGACAGUUGAAAAAAGGAAAAUCUAACAGGUAUAGCCCAGAAUUAAGGUGUUUUGCACUAACAUUGAAUUUUUAUUCAUCAUUAGCAUACAACUAUGUUAGAAAAAUAUUUGGAAAAAAUGUUCUACCACAAUUUUUAUAACUUCAAAUGUGUAAAGGAGAAUUUAUUGUCAAGUUUCAUACAUAUGUAUAUAUAAAUAAAUAAAC